AUGCGGUCACUUUUGCUGGGCUUCGCGGUCCUAGCGGUCCUGUGGCUCUCGUAUGCGCUGAGCAGUUGGAGGCGCCAGCUGCAGAGAGCCAAGGCGAGCGGCAUACGAUACUACAUCUCACCUUGCUCGCCAUGGUGGAUUCCCUGGCAGAUGACCCAGACGCUCUGGACACCUGCCAUCAAGCUUCUGCCCAAACCGCUAUGGGAGGCCUGGCUGCCACCCUUGACCACUGACUACUCCUGGAAAUGGCGUCACGACCACUUUGCCAAGUUUGGCGACACCUUCCUGCUGGUGCACCCCUUUGGCCUGCACAUGUACACCGCCGAGGCGGGCGCCAUCAGCGCCAUCACCACCCGGCGGGAUCACUUCCCCAAGCACACGGCGCAGUACGACAUUCUGACCCAGUUUGGCAACAACGUACUCACGUCCGAGGGCCCGCUCUGGCGCCACCACCGCAAGGUCACCGCGGCCUCGUUUAACGAGCGCAACGCCGCCCUCGUCUUCAAGGAGAGCAUCCGCCAGAGCCUCGGGCUGAUCCGGUUCUGGGAGGAGACCAAGGGUCGCGGGGCCACCCUGCACACGGCGGAGCACGACACGAUGCGUCUGGCGCUCAACAUUAUUGGGUACGUGGGCUUUGGGCUCAAGCUGCCCUGGCCGCAGGAGAAGAUGCCCGCGGAUGCGGAUGCCAUGAGUGCCAAGUACGGCAGUGUCGCACCGCCCCAGGGGUACAAGAUGAGCUUUGUCAAUGCAAUGGCUACGCUGCUGGAGAAUGUCUUGACGCUGCUCCUCGUCCCUUCGUGGCUACUGUGGCUGAUUCCGUACGAGCCCACGCGCGAGGCCGUCCAGUCGCGCCACGACUAUGAGCAGUUCAUUGACGAGCUGAUUGAUGUGAAGAUUCGGGAAGCUGGCCAAGGUGAGCACACUGACGAGGGCAUGGACAUCAUGGGCCAGCUCGUGCGGUCAUCGUACGACGUCGACUCGGCUGGCAAAGCCAAGCUCAAGACGGACACGAAGGCUGUCAUGAGCCGCGACGAGAUCCGAGGCAACGCGUUCGUGAUGAUUGUGGCUGGCCACGAGACCACGGCCAACGCCAUCCACUUCACCCUUAUCCAGAUGGCCAGCUGCGCCGCCUCGCAGCGCCGACUCCACAAGGAGCUGGACGAGCUGCUGGGCGACAAGAACGUGGAGGACCUGGACUACGACGAGUAUCUCAACCCUCUGAUGGGGAGCAUGGUCGGCGCCUGCAUGAACGAGACACUCCGCGUGCUCCCGCCCGUCAUCGAGAUGCCCAAGAUUGUGACGCCGAGCCAGGACCAGCCCCUGGUGGUCGACGGCAAGAGCUGCGCUGUGCCAGCGGGCACCAUCAUCACGCUCUCCGCCGCCGGCGUGCACAUGAACCCUAAGCACUGGCCCGAGAAGCCGAGCCGUCUGCGGCCCGGCGAGGACGAUCUGCUGGACUACGUGCCCGAGCGCUGGUUCCGCAACAGUAAGAGCGACGAGAAGUUUGAUGUGGAGGACGAGGGCGAGGACUAUGGCGGGUUCAAGGGGCGGGACACGAGCGCGUCGCUCUUCCGGCCGGAGCGAGGCGCCUACAUCCCGUUCAGCGAGGGCGCGCGCGCCUGCCUGGGGCGCCGGAUCGCGCAGGUCGAGGUCAUUGCCGCCCUGGCCGUCCUCUUCCGCCAGUACAGCGUGGAGCUGGCGGUGGACGAGUGGGCGACGGACGAGGAGGUGGCGGCGAUGGACCGGCCGCAGCGACGGGCCCUGUACCAGAAGGCCAUUGACAAGCGCGACGCAACCAUUAGGGGGGCGAGCUCGCUGCUUACGCUCAAGCUGCGCGGGGACGAUGUGGCCCUGCGGUUCGUGAAGAGGGGCGAGGAGAGGUUUGUCGACUGGCUGGAGGAGUGA